GCGGCGGGACGAUGGCGGCGGCGCGGCAGGUGCUGCGCUGGGUUGUGGCGGCCGUGGCCGCGGUGGCGGCAGCGCUGGCGCUGGACAAUGGCCUGGCGCGGACACCGCCCAUGGGCUGGCUGCACUGGGAGCGCUUCCUCUGCGCCACCGACUGCGCCGCCGAGCCGAGCCGCUGYGUCAGCGAGCAGCUGUUUGUGGAGAUGGCUGACAGGAUGGUGUCCGAGGGCUGGAGGGACGCCGGCUACGAGUUCAUCUGCAUUGACGACUGCUGGAUGGCUCCGACGCGGGACGAGCAGGGCAGGCUUCAGGCGGACCCAGAACGGUUCCCCAGUGGGAUCCGCAAGCUGGCCGACUACGUCCACUCCAAGGGUCUGAAGCUGGGAAUCUACAGCGAUGUUGGGCRCAAGACGUGUGCUGGCUUCCCUGGCAGCUACGACCACUAUGACCUGGAUGCCCAAACAUUUGCUUCCUGGGGUGUGGACCUGCUCAAGUUUGAUGGCUGCAACUCUGACUCACUGGAGCUGCUGGCAGAAGGAUACAGGCGCAUGUCUCUGGCCCUGAACAGGACUGGAAGGAGCAUUGURUAUUCCUGUGAGUGGCCUUUCUACUUGAGGCCCUUGCAGCAGCCCAAUUACACAGAGAUCAAACAGUACUGCAAUCACUGGAGGAACUAUUAYGAUGUGUCUGACUCCUGGAGCAGCAUCAAGGGUAUCUUGGACUGGACAGCCCGUCACCAGGACAGCAUUGUGAAGAUAGCUGGGCCAGGAGGCUGGAAUGAUCCUGACAUGCUGGUGAUUGGAAACUUUGGGCUGAGCUGGGACCAGUCGGUGACUCAGAUGGCCAUGUGGGCCAUUAUGGCAGCUCCCCUGUUCAUGUCCAACGACCUGCGGCACAUCAGUCCUGAGGCCAAGUGUCUGCUCCAGAACAAAGAGGUGAUCGCCAUCAACCAGGAUCCUCUGGGCAAGCAGGGAUACCAAAUUGCCAAGGACAAGAACUUUCAGCUGUGGGAGCGGCCCCUAUCUGGCCRAGCCUAUGCUGUGGCAGUGCUGAACCUUCAGGAGAUUGGGGGACCCCAGAAGUACACCUUCUCCCUCACCUUMCUCGGCAAUGGGCUGGCCUGCAACCCAGCCUGCUCCAUCCGACAGGUCCUGCCAGUCAGCAGGGACUGGGGUGUUUACAGCUGGAUCUCCUCCCUGAGCGUAGAGGUGAACCCCACAGGCACUGUGCUGCUCAAAAUCAUGGCACUAUAGGAGGCACAGGGAACCUGCUCCUAAGCCUCACACUCUGUCUGAACUUGUGGCAGGAAGCUCCUUCUCUUCUUCCAAGCAGGUGCCUUUUUUCUCAGGCAUUCAUUACUUGAACCUUCAGCCUAAUGUAACAUCACCAUCAUUCCGUCACCAACAGGAAACAGAAGGUGAACAGCAGAGCAGUGCCCCUUUCUCUGGCAUCUCACCCAACUCCCUSCAAGGAGCUGGAAGGGCUCCAGCAGGGAGCAACUCCUGUUUACUCCCACUACCACUACCAAGCAAGGAUAGGCAAGGGAUGCACACACAGCUGUCCUUGAGCAUUUCGAGGACAAUAGGGAAACACAUCCUGGCAACCUCCUUGCUGUGUUCCAGACCAGACACAUAGUCAAGAGAAGCUGCUCCUACCUGGCUGAAAAACUCCAACACUACUCAAAGCAUGAACAUGUGCUUCCAUCUUCUGACAACUCAGGGACUGGCCUGAAUCAUUCCACUUUUUAGCAACUCUCUUGACAGCUGCUGUCAUGCCUUAGGAUUCUAGCUUUUGAGGGUUUCCCCUUACUCCAAGAAUCUCUCACAAGUGGCUGUCAGUUACCUUCAGAUGACAAUUCCCUCUCCACCCUUCAUGUGGCCACUGGAGUCCCCUUUCUCCAUGAACUGCUUCCCAGGAAUCCCUAUGUGCUUGCUUCCCACUGCUGACAGCAGCCUUUAGGUUGAAUGACCGAGACUCUCCAAGCCAGGAGACAGACAAUCACUUACGCAAUCAUCAAGUACAAAUAUAUUCUUUUCUGACUAUACAAUCAAGAUGUCUUGAUUUGCUCUUCUGUGAUUAAGCACUUUGAUUAAAAYCCCUUUAAAAGGCUAUGCUUUUUCUUAACUUGCUGUGUACAGAAGUACAGCAUGGUAUCKGAAAUUAAUUAAUUAAACUGAAAUCAUCAUGAAAUAAAACCAGCAUUUAGAAAACAACAGUUCGUUCCAGUCACCUAAGUUUUUGUGAAAUUUGUCAGGAUUACUAAAAACAGCACUCAGUGAAGCUGACAUGAUACAGCUAUAUAGCCCCUCCCACAGGCCAAAGCCACCACUGCCUGCACAAGUUUGAAAAUGUCAUCAGCCAGUAUUUAACAAGC